AAAUAUAGAUACAAAGAGUCUGCUUGAGUUACUUUGUGAAAACGAUACGAUCUUUAUAUUUAUUAAAGUUAUAUUUUUCACUGAAUUGUUUAAAGUGUAAUUACGAUGAGCAAGGUGCCUUGGGCAAACUUGGUUGCUCUUUUUACUAUUGGGACUGUGAGUACUGGAUAUGUUAUACAUUAUUCUGUACAAAAUAGACUUCGAAGAUCAAUUACUUACAAAAAGGCACUGGAUAUAUUUUACAAUAAGGAGGAAACUCUAAACCGUUUAGGGAAACCAAUACAGGAAGGAAAAAUAACGAUCAAGGAAAACGAAAAUAAUAUCAAACGGUUUAGUGUCAAUGUGAAAGGAUCUAAAAGUAAAGGAAUAUUAAAUUUUGAAUAUCAAGUUCAACCAGAUAAGACAAAUGAAAUAAAGAAAGCAGAAAUUCAAUUUAAUAAUAUUCCUCAUGAGACUGUUGUGAUUCAUAAUAUUUAUUAA